GCGAAGAAGAGGCACUGUGCCGCAUGUGUGUGACUGAAAAUGGGCAAAAGGAGGCAAAAACUUAAGAAUUUAACGAAUUUAAGUAAAAAACAGAAGAAACACCUGAAAGAAUUCGGAGAACAGCACCCGUUUGAUGAUCAUGUCACUGAAAGACCUGAGAAAACACAGAUUGUUCGCUUGACCAAGAGUCCGGAAAACUCCGGCUCCGAGAUUGAUGAGGAACCAGAUGAGGAAAAACCGACUGCGUAUGAAAACCUGCUUUUGAGCAUCAACACCACCACCGCUGGGGAUGAGGAUGAGAGCGAGGAGGAAGGUGAUGAAGAUUCUGCAGAGGAGCUGGACGACCCUCAUGAAGAGGAUGAUGAAGACGCAGAGGAAAGCGGAGAUGAUGAUGAGGAGGCGGAGGCGGCAACUGAAGAAGGCAGGAAGCAGAAGCAGCAGGAGGAUGAGUUCACCGAUGGAACACGUGAAGCUGAGUUCUGUUUGGAGUCGAACCUGCCUGCGGACGGAGAGCCAGAGAACGCCGACACGUCACGAGAGGAUAUGUUUGUGAAGCAUCGGGAGGCGGAGCUGAGUGAAGUCGAGGUGAACAGAAUCUCAAACGGCUCCAAAAUCCGGACUCAGGUUAAGUGGUCCAGACUGGGCGUCCUGCACUGCUCCCGUCCCCUCGAGCGGUCUCCUGCCGUGUCUCAGUCCUCGUCCGUCUCUCUCCCACUUUUCCAUAAAGCACUGGAGUCUCGAUGGCGUUCCCUCAGCCACUCCUCCACACCUGAAGGGGGCAACGCAGCAGGGCUCACCGACCUGCAGGAUGAGCUGCUGAGGCUCAUGGGGUCCUACAGGGAUGUUUAUUACCCAGAAUGCAGUGUGCUGGACAGGGUGGCGGAGACUCGCCGGGCGUACUGUCUCCACGCUCUCAACCACGUCCUGAAGGCCAACUCCACAGUCCUUACCCAUAAUGCCGUGCUGAAGGAGGCGAAGGGCGGGGACAAGGACGAGUUUCGGGAUCAGGGCCUCACCAGACCCAAAGUUCUGAUCCUGGUUCCGUUCAGAGACGCGGCACUCCGCGUUGUCCAGACCUUCAUCUCCCUGCUGGAGAGCGACGGGAAGAAGAUGGACGUCAGCAACAAGAAGAGGUUUAAAGACGAGUACGGAGAGGCGCUGAACUCCAAAUCGGCUGCUCUGCACCGCCCUGACGAUUAUCACGCCGUCUUCUCCGGAAACGUGGACGAUCACUUCAGGAUCGGUGUGUCCAUCCUGAAGCGUAGUAUGCGUCUCUACUCCCCGUUCUACUCCUCUGACAUCAUCAUCGCAUCUCCUCUGGGGCUGAGGACACUGAUCGGCGUGGACGGAGACACUCAGCGGGACUUUGACUUCCUGUCGUCUGUGGAGCUGCUGGUUUUCGAGCAGAGUGAUGUGUUCCUCAUGCAGAACUGGGAGCACGUACUGCACGUGAUGAAGCACAUGAACCUGCAGCCGCUGGAGUCUCACGGUGUGGAUUUCUCCCGCGUGCGCAUGUGGAACCUGAACAACUGGGCCAAAUUCUACAGACAGACGCUGGUGUUCAGCUCCAUCCAGGAACCACAGAUCAACAACAUCCUCAGCAAACACUGUCACAACUACAGGGGACAGGUUUCAGUUAAAAAUCUUCCAAAAACAGGCUCCAUCUGCCAGGUGCUGGUCCAGCUGCCACAUGUCUUCCAGAUGUUUCACACAGACAGUUUCAUGGACCAGGAUGACAGGUUCCAGUUCUUCGUGCAGAAGGUUCUCCCGCAGUACCGGGACUCCGUGAUGUCGCACACUCUCAUCUACGUGCCGUCGUACUUCGAUUUUGUGCGUGUGAGGAACUUCCUGAAGAAGGAGGACGUGAGCUUCUCGACAAUCAGCGAGUACUCUGAGAGAUCGGAGGUUUCCCGCGCGCGCCACUACUUCAGCACGGGAGAGAAACAGUUCCUGCUCUUCUCCGAGAGGUUCCACUUUUACAAGAGGUCCACCAUUAGAGGAAUCCAGAACGUGAUCUUCUACGCUCUGCCCACGUACGCUCACUUCUACAGUGAGGUGUGUAACAUGCUGCAGGUGGGCGGCUCUGACGGCGUGACGAGUUCGGCGAGCUUCACCUGCACUGCUCUUUACUCGCGCUACGACGCUCACAGACUGGCGGCCGUCACGGGAGCCGAGCGAGCCGCCAGCAUGACCCGGUCCACCAAGUCUGUCCAUCUCUUCAUCACAGGGGAGGAGAAGCGUGCGUGAGGGGGAGGAGGAGUGUGUGUUUGUCUAAACGCAGCUCUCUGGAGUGUAGCUCAGGAACUGUUUCAGAAAAUUCUCUAUCAUGUCUUCAUUUUACAAAACGAACCAUUCCAGUAAUUUUAUAAAAAUAAAAUCUGUUUGUAAUUUUAUACAGUUUAAGCCUCUGUCAUCAGUCGAGGUGUAAGGACAAACGGAGACAGAAAACCACGUCCUCUUUUUAACAUGAACAGAUUUCCAUGGUGUGAAUCUUCCACACACUCCGCAGUUUCUCCACAAAACCUGGUCUGGGGGCGGAGUUAUGGAUGUGCUCAGGUUAUGAUGUCAUGAAGGCUCCGUUCACACUGCAGGCUGAAGUGACUCAAAUCCGAUCUUUUCGCCCAUAUGUGACCUGUAUCCGAUCUUUUAUUGACAAUAUGAACGACACAGAUCUGAUUUUCAAAUCCGACCCAGGCCGUUUGGAUAUGUGGUCCUAAUUCCGAUUCCUAUCCGCUCUUUUCAUAUGCGACUUCAGUCUGAACCGCCAGGUCGCAUUCAUCCGACUUACACGUCAUCAACAAGCCACAAACGUCACUAUUCUGCGCUGAAGUAGGUGGCGGGUCUCUCAGAAAAAGUUACAACAACAUGGCGCAUAAUCACGGGCGCAGAUAGAGGGGGGGACUCGUCCCACCCAGAUUUAAAUUCACCUCGUUCGGUCCCCCCCCACUUAUAGGGAGGAAAAAACGUCUAUGCUGUCUUUCUUUGCAUAAGGCAAACCUCACGGAAAAAUCAAAAGACUAAUUACCAUUCGGUUUAUUGAGGUGCACAGCAGUACAGACAUAGUUGCAACAACUCACAUAAAACAAAACAAAGACUGAUAUUCGGUUGGUUGAGCUGCGCAGACUGCACAGGUUGCGAGCUCAAGCUUGGUUGCUAUGGCAACCCACAAGAAGUUUGACAGGCAUAUCGGGGUUGGGGUUAGUUUGCUGGCAGCUUUGUCCCCCCCAGUUCAAAAAACGUAUCUGCGCCCCUGCGCAUGACAUCAAUGCGAGGGACGCUUCGGGCUGUGAAGGUUCUGAAUCUUCUCAAUGGAAGGACGCAGAGGUUAGGGAGCUGAUUUCCAUUUGGGGGGAUGCAGCUAUUCAAGCUAGAUUGGAUGGGUCAUACCGCAACCGGGCGGUUUUACUUCCAUAAACACUGGCCAUGCUCACUGCGUGUGACGUCGUCGUAUCCUGCAAUGCGCAUGCGGAACACUUUUAGGUCGCUUUUCGUUCAUACUGAGGAUCACAUACAAGUCGCAUAUAUUUGUUAAUGUGAACGACCUCACAAAAAAAUCGGAUUUCACAAAAAAAUCGGAAUUGAGCAUUAAGCCUUGCAGUGUGAACGUAGCGUAAAUCAGUUCUGUGGGUGUGAACUUUUUGUCUGAGCGCUCUGAACUUCAGCACACUCACUCUGUCUCUCUCAGUCUGCUUUUAGUUUCAUUCACUCCUCGCUGACGUUAAUGACGCAAAGCAUCCUGGGAGUUCUCUCAGCGUUCUGGUGCGCUAUAAACUCCAGGCUUUGAGUUCAUUUGUGGACAAAAGUGAAAAAUUUCACAACAGAAACAGUUGAGGAGAUCUGCUGAAGGAUCUGUGUGUCUCUGGAAAUCUCUAUUUUAUUAAAUAAAGGGAAAAUAUUCCAGUGCGGAGAGCGUGCUUAGUUUGUUUGUUUGUAUUUAUGGUAAUAUUUUUAUAUUGAUUAUUGUAUAAUCAAGAAAAUGCCUUUAACAGACUUCUUACCAUCGUUCUGGAACGUUCUUCUGAACAGAGAUGGGAGCGGAGGAAAAAGUGCAAGAAUUUCCUCCAGAAACUGAAAUUACUUUUGUUCUGAAAACAGAAGCGAGUGUUUGAAGGGAAGGCAGCGGUUGAGUUUGAUGUGCUUCUGCUCCACACAGUGUGAUGUGUGAGAUUUCUACAGGAGAGGAACAUGAAGAUCAUAAUCUCACGCACAUUUUUAUGUGAAGUUUUGGAUUAUUUUCUUUAGCUGUGUGUAAGAGAAGGCGUGUGAGUGAAAUGCAGUUUUGGGAAAAAUCUGCAAAAUGAUUGACAUGAAAAAUAAAAUAUUUUUACCUGCA